CAGGCGACUUCACUAGAAGGCUACGAGGCGGUUGUGAAGCUGCUGCUUGAGAGGGGCGCCGAUGUCAACGCGCAGGGUGGAGAGUUUAAUAACGCACUCUAUGCGGCUUCACUAGAAGGCCACGAGGCGGUUGUGAAGCUGCUGCUCGACAAGGGCGCCGACGUUAACGCGCAGGGUGGAGAGUACGACAACGCACUCCAGGCGGCUUCAUACAGAGGCCACGAGGCGAUUGUGAAGCUGCUGCUUGAGAAGGGCGCUGAUCCACCUUUGGAGAAACGCCAUGUGCUAGUGUCCGACUACUAG